UGUGCGAUACGAUGGGCGGCGACGGCCUCCUCUUCACCACUCAGUUAGUAACCAUUAUCUCGUGAUUAAACAUUUGAUUCAGUGUGCGAGUGCAGACCCCAGAAUUUCUUUUGUUGUCAGAAGCAGGAAACUCCAGUCGGCUGACAUGAUGCUGAUAUUAGGCUCGUUCAUCGUUGUCGCUCUUCUGGGCCACAAUGUUGAGGUGUCCGCAAAGGAUUCGUGUGCGUUCCCUACUUACACAUUUUCCAACAAUUCUAAAGAUUGGAACAAUAUGAAAGCGUCCUGUGUUGCAUUAGUGGAGAAGCAGGUGCAAGUGGAGUUACAUGCUUCAAUGACUUACCUUGCAAUGGGUGCCCACUUUUCGCGAGACACGGUCAACAGGCCAGGUUUCGCCAAACUUUUCUUUGAAGCUGCAAGCGAAGAACGAGAACACGCCACCAAGUUCCUUAAGUACCUUUCCAUGCGAGGCCAGCUGACGAAGAACCUCGGAGACAUAAUUCAGAAAAUUGAUCCUUUGAAAGAGUUCUGGGAGAACGGCGUGAGCGCACUGGAGGAUGCCCUCAGUCUCGAGGUGCACGUCACUCGUGCAAUCAAACAUAUCAUCAAAAAAUGCGACGAAGAACCCAAUGACUACCACUUCGUAGACUAUCUGACGACCGAAUUCCUCGAUGAGCAACACAAGGGACAGCGGGACCUUGCGGGCAAGCUGACUACCUUGGGCAAAAUGAAGAAUGGACCUCAAAGAGAGCUCGCAGAGUUCUUGUUCGACAAGAAACUGCUCAAUGGCGAAGUUUGAGUCUCCGCUUCCGUCUGCUGUGUUUUUGUGAAUUUUGAGGGAAAAUUAAAUUUCAUUUAUUUACCCUUCUGCAUUGAGAAUAUUACAAUCUAAAAGAAGUUUAGUGUAGGUAGCAAUAAAUUGUUAAUAUUAUUUCACAAUAAAACUAUAAACAUGAA